AUUUUCAGUUCAUCGUGAACAUUGCACGCGGUAUGUCGCUCUUGGCCAUUGUCCUGUGCUCUGUGCCCGUGUGUGCCCUUACCCUGCUGUGCCUCCUCGUGCGGCAUGUCCGGCACUUCCGACGCCUCCAGGAAGCACAGCAGAAGACACGUACCACCGGCCUUAUCUUCAGCCCAAUCCACAGGGACAAUGGGCUGAGACUUUGGAUAACAGAGACAGCUUAAAUGGGUUUUUUUUUCUUGCCUGCCUUGUGCCAGGCAGAGAAAAAAAAUUAGAAUUUGCCAGAACGUUCAAUGCCAAAAAUUAUUAUUUGUGCCCAGAAGAUAAUGCGAUCUCUCAGUCCGAGCAAAAAUGUCCAAGGAAUAUUCCAUUAGACAAUUUUUGGGGAAAACAACCCGAAAGAGAAGGACAAAAAAACCUCUUUGGGUUUUGCGAUAAGGAGUGUUUUGGGAAUUUUUUGUCCCUCCCCUUCGUGUACACUUUGGAAGUCUUUUUGGGAGAUGUCUUUGAGGAGUCAGUUCGUCGUCAGUUAUCAUCUGAGUGUCGUGACAAAAACAUCAGAAAAAUAAUUCUUCUACAACAAGAAGACUCUUCUGUGGGAAUUUUUCUUCUCUAUAAAUCCAAAAGAAAGUGCUGAAGAAUUCUUAAUUAAAAUACAAAAGUGGGGAAAAUGUUUCGAAAUCUAACACGUGCUCUGCAUCAAAUUCAACGGGAGCCCCUUCAGAAGCAACUGCAGAAAAUUGGCAUCAUUGGGGUACCUUUUUCGCGGGGUCAGAAAAAAUUUGGCGUUGAAUGUGGCCCCAAAGCUAUUCGUGAUGCUGGUCUUGUGCGAGAACUCCGAGAAAUUUCAGAUGAUAUCAAUAUCAAGGACUUUGGAGAUGUAACGUACGAAGCUAAACCUGCAAAGAUCAAGCCCCGCAAUAUGCUUGGGUAUGACGACGUUGUUGCGUGCAAUCAUCGUCUGUCUGAGAAAGUCUUUGAGAUCCUUGCUGAUGAUCGUUUGUGCAUCACCUUGGGCGGAGAUCAUGCCAUCGGGAUUGGUUCCGUUGACGGUCACGUACGACAACGGGAAAACAUCGCAAUUGUCUGGGUUGAUGCACACGCCGAUCUCAACACCAACACUUCAUCGCUAUCUGGAAAUGUGCACGGCAUGCCUCUGGCCUUGUUAGCUGAAGAAUUCGCUGGGAUGUGGCCAUAUCUACCCAAUAUGGAUUGGCAGGUACCGCGAGUGUCUACGCGCAAUAUCGCCUACAUCGGACUACGAUCAGUUGAUGACUUCGAAAAGGACAUGAUUGCACGGUACAACAUUACAGCCUUCGGAAUGCGAGAUGUGGACAAACACGGGAUUCACGAUGUCAUCAAUAUGGCCCUCGAGGCAAUUGAUCCCAAAGCUGAUAGAUCAAUCCAUCUUAGUUUCGACAUUGAUGCUCUCAAUCCUCUAGAAGCUCCCAGCACAGGAACAUCCGUUCCAGGUGGCCUAGCACUUCGCGAAGGGAUUCACAUUGUUGAGGAAGUUCACAAAACCCGACGACUUGGCGUAUUGGAUCUUGUUGAAGUAAAUCCCAGAAUUGGGAAUAAGGAACAAGUUCAGGACACCGUGAAUGCCGCCAUUGAGAUUAUUAAAGCAGCCUGUGGUAAUUUUAGAUAAGAUUUAGAGCCCCUCAAGACUUCCUGUAUAAGGCUAUAUAGAUGUAAGAGAUAAUCCUACUCAAUAAAGAUGAUCUUCAUGCUACUUAA